AUGCCACUUGCGUUGGCCUUCGUCGACUACUACAAGGCCUUCGACAGCGUGGAGAUCAACGCCGUCUUGAAUGCUCUUGCCUCCGCCGGAGUCGCCACGAAGUACGUCGAGCUGAUCGCCAACAGCAACGAGGGAACGUACACGACCAUCCAGCUGUUCGACAAGAAGCUUUCGAUCCCCAUCAGGAAAGGUGUUCGCCAGGGAGAUACCAUCUCCCCCAAGUUGUUCUCCACGGCACUAGAAGACGCGAUGCGCCAACUUGGAUGGGACGAAGAGCACGACUGGGAAGACAGUACAGACAUCAGAGGCAUCAACAUCGACGGCAAGGUCCUCACAAACCUCCGCUUCGCCGACGACAUCGUACUCUUCUCAAGCUCCACCACCGAACUGUCCUCCAUGCUGAACGAUCUGGACGAAGUCGGCAAGAAGAUCGGCCUUAAGAUGAACGUCAAGAAGACGCAGUGGAUGAAGAACCGCUUCUGCGACCAAGGCAAAGUCACCCUUGAGGGCCGCGACCUUCAGGAGGUCACAUCCUACAUCUACCUUGGCCGGGAAGUAAACAUGGUGAACGACCUGCAAGCAGAGAUCGGCAGACGCAAACGCGCUGGAUGGGCCGCCUUCAACUCCAUCAAAGAAGUCACCAGUCAGCUGAAAGACCCGAAACUGCGAGCUCACAUCUUCGAAGCGUCGAUAAUCCCUGCCAUCUCCUACGGUACCGAAGUUUGGCCUGACACGAAGAAAAAAAUGCAACCGCCCUACGAACUUCCUACCGCGCACUGGAACGUGCUCUCAUCGGCACCACUCGCUUCGAGCAGUGGAAAAAAGAACAGAGGAGCACAGACCUCCGUCAACUAUCCCAAAUCCGGGAUCUAG